GCCAAAAUCAAACCCGCCCUGGCCCGCCCCGGCCCUCGCCUCCAGCCCUAGCCCGGCCACCGGAAGACUAGCCGCGCGCGCCAUGUCGAAGAAAAAAGGGCUGAGUGCUGAGGAAAAGAGAGCCCGCAUGAUGGAAAUAUUUUUUGAGACGAAAGAUGUAUUUCAAUUGAAAGAUAUGGAGAAGAUUGCUCCCAAAGAGAAAGGCAUUACUGCUAUGUCAGUAAAAGAAGUUCUUCAAAGCUUGGUUGAUGAUGGUAUGGUUGACUGUGAGAGGAUUGGAACAUCUAAUUAUUAUUGGGCUUUUCCAAGUAAAGCUCUUCAUGCAAGGAAACGUAAGUUGGAGAUUCUGGAAUCUCAGCUGUCUGAGGGAAGCCAAAAGCACUCAGACCUACAGAAGAGCAUUGAUAAAGCUAAAGUUGGCCGACACGAGACAGAAGAGCGAACCAUGCUAGCAAAGGAGCUUUCUUCACUUCAGGCCCAAAGGGAACAACUAAAGGCAGAAGUAGAAAAAUACAAAGAAUGUGACCCACAAGUUGUGGAAGAAAUACGUCAAGCAAAUAAAGUAGCCAAAGAAGCUGCUAACAGAUGGACUGAUAACAUCUUUGCAAUAAAAUCUUGGGCCAAAAGAAAAUUUGGGUUUGAAGAAAAUAAAAUUGAUAAAACCUUUGGAAUUCCAGAAGAUUUUGAUUAUGUGGACUAAAGUGUUCAAUGAUGAAGGAACUAUGUGCUUGUGAAAAUGUAAAUUAUUUUAUAGUAUCCAACAAAAUGUACUGAAAUGUCAUUUGCCUGUAAUUGUGCUUGUCAUUUUAUUAAUUUAAAUAAACUAAAGGACAUAUGUUCUUCACCAUUUUUGAUAGAUGAAAAGCAGGAUAAUAGCCAUGUUUACAGUGUUCAGCAAAGUACAACAAUGCAAGUUCAGCUGUCUACCUAAGUAAAGUCAGGUUUGUAAAUGAUUUUUCAGAGAUUGAAGCCAUGUCAUGAUAAUGUUUUUUAG